AUGUCUCAAGACACCGACCUCGCCUCGUCGUCUUUCCACGGUAGCUACGGUCUAGACCUCUUUCCGUCUGACCUAGAGUCCAGUCAGCAAACCAUUGAAUCAACACCAGCCUCCGAACUAUUACAUCCUAUGAUCUCCUCCUCCCUUGAGCGAUUUGGAAACGACUGGAUUGUUUACUCCGAAAUGAGCAAAGAGAAUUUUAUUUUCUGGUGGCUUCAAACUAUCCACGGAAAUGAGCUUCGUGAAAGGAAUAAGAGCUUCUGGGAUCGAUCCCGAAGUCAUUCAGAGGCAUGGAAUAGCUUUAAGCAGGUAGCUCAUACUGUGACUGGGGACCCAAAGAUAGUAUGCCAAAAAUGCGGUCAGCUUCUUGAUCAUCCAAGCCGCAAGUUGAAUGGAACUACCCCAAUGGCAAGGCAUCUCAGAGGAGAGAAGUGCCAGAGACUUAGCAAUCGGGUUGCCGGAAAUAGCUCUCUUCAAGAACUUUUUGCCCGCCAGGCGCGCGAUUAUCCAGCCCACGAGAAACGCGAGUCUUUUACAAAAGAACUAUGGCAGCAAGAUAUCCUCACAGCUAUUACUGGUCUACGACUCCCUUUCCUGAUCAUCGAAAACCCAUUAUUCCAGAGGUUACUUCAGCGAGCCCAGUCGUCCCCUUUGCCUCUUGAGUUCCCUUCGGCAAAAACAAUACAGUGCCAGCUUCGAGAUACAAAAUACCGUGAGCUUCUCCUCGAGUUUGAACCACUUCAUGGAUCCCACACUGGCGUUAAUCUUGGUACCGUUCUUUUUGAGGUUCUUCAGCGAUAUCAAUUGGUUGAACGAGUGUUGGCUGUGACAACAGAUAACGCUUCGAAUAACCAAACGUUAGUAGGAAGAGUGCAUGAGCAAUUGGAGUCGCUUAAUAUCAGCACUACAACACCGAUUAUCCGAGUUCCAUGUAUUGCUCAUGUUAUUCAACUGAGUCUCAAGAGCCUUCUCGGUUAUAUGAAGCUUGAACCAGUGAAUGAGGCUACACAGAGAGAAUGGUCUGAAAACCAGUCCCAAUCCCUCCGUGCUAGUCAAAGGAAGGGUAUAAUUUCUACCCUUAGCAAGGUUCGGGGCCUAGCGGUUUUUAUUAACGCUAGCCCUCAGCGUCGUGAUACAUUUCGAAGUCUCCAGAUUGAAGGCUCAAAGCUUUUGCCAAUCCAAGAUGUCAAAACCCGCUGGAACUCUACUUUCCUGAUGCUUCGACGCGCAAAGAGACUACAGCUAGUGUUUAACAAAUACUGCUCUGAGAAUCAGUAUGCGCAGUUCACGUUAGAUCGGGACGAAUGA